AUGGGCAGAGUGAUAAUGGCCAGGCUUGGGCUGGGACUGCUACUGCUGGCACUGCUUUUACCCACACAGAUUUAUUCAAAUCAAACAACUGUUGUAACACUUUCAAUUAACUCCUACCAGAAUACUUUGGCUGCACCAAAUCCAGCUAACACCACCAAGGCCAUUGGCGAUGCCCUACAAUCAACAGCCAGUCUCCUUGUGAUCUUACUUUCUCUUCUACAUCUCUACUGUUAA